AUGCCUGACUUUAAGGAGAUUGCUAAGAGUGGAUGGCAUCCCAAAAGCAAGAGUGGAAAAGCCGAAGGCGGCUGGCGCUCCGAGUUCAAAGGCGCAGACCAGAUCGCGGGAUGGAUCGGAAAGAAGAAGGGCAGCAGCUCAGGGGAUGAUGCAGCCAACCGCCAGUCCGCUCCCCUCUCUUCGCUCAAAGACCCAGCAGCGUUCGGUCCACCACCAAAGCACGUUGGCUACCAUGGCGGAGCAGCAGUUCCGCACAAGACGACACCAGAUCCCAGCGGAUGGGGUGCUCCUAUACCACAGGAAGAGGUACAAGCACAGCGACAGAUAGCACAGCGUCCUACGCGGCAAGCCGAAGAGGAGGAAGAGGAGAAGCCUCCACCAGGUCCAUACCGCGUCGAUACCACCGGCUUAAGCACCGCGAACCUACCCCCUCCGCCAGUCAGACGCGUUAACAAUGCCUCUCCCUCGCCACAACUACCUGCUCAGAGGUCGGCCGCUCCUCCUGCGCAGAGACCCAAACCAAGCCUCCCACCACGACUACCGCCGCGACAGAACUCGCACCCGGACGCCUACGCUCCAACCGCACCGCCUGCAUACAAUGAGACCGCACAAGCCCAGUCUGCAGCUACGGCAACGAGCUAUAUCAACCAGGGCGCACUGAACAGGCUGGGAAACGCUGGUGUCUCCGUCCCUGGUUUCGAUAUCGGCCGUACAGCACCGCCUCCUGUAGCCCCUCGCUCCGGCACCUUGCCACCACCUCCUACGUUAGCCGCACCUUCCGCAGGCGCGCAAAGCUCUCCAAUGAACACCCUCCAAUCCGGCUUCUCCAAGCUAUCCACGCGAUCGACUCCUACGGAUACCGCUGGGAGCAGCAGCACAGGCACAACGUGGGCACAAAAGCGGGAAGCGCUUAACACAGCGAACUCCCUGCGCAAUGACCCCUCGAAGGUCUCCCUCUCCGAUGCCAGGAAUGCGGCAUCAACAGCAAGCAACUUCCGCGAACGCCACGGCGAGCAGGUUACAUCCACGUGGCAAGCUGCCAGUGGGCUGAACCAGAAAUACGGCAUCGCGGACAAGUUGAACAACUAUAACAACAGAGACGCCACACGAGGAGGAAGAACCGAGCCUCAGAGUAGCGCCGCGGUUCCGGAUACCCAGCACGUCAGCGACAACCCGUGGGCAAGCGAGACAAGUUCGUCGACAGGCACUAGCGGCCUUGGGAGAAAAGCCCCGCCGCCACCGCCGCCGAUACCGAAGAAGAGGCCAGAGCUGACGGGCGGCGCGCCUCCGCCCAUACCCUUAGGGAGUAAGCCGAGGGGCUCGAGUUAUCAAGACAAGGGGCAGAAAACGAUUUACGCGAUGCCUCCUGGAGAUGCGCAGGAUUUUGGAGGAGGAUAA